CUAGAUGCUCACACUUAAAGUUAGUUGUACUGUUUAUAAAUAUUGCCUGCCCCAUAUUUCGGUUCCAUAAGCAAUGUGUUGGCUAAGGAAAUGGUGAGUAUGCGUGGAGAGGAACUCGAUUUCAGAGAUAACGGGUCCAGAGGCUGAAAGUUGAGGGGAAAUAGUAAAAAUUGGACAAAAUGGAGGAGGAGGAUGUACGGAAAAGGAGGGGUAAUAGUGAUACAAGGGACACGUGUCCCUGCUUCGCCAGGAUGGGCUAUCGCCUGGCUAAUAAGCUACGGAUUCGUAAUCAGCUGAUCAGAGAAUUCUUGGCGGAAUUUCUUGGAACAUUCAUUCUUAUCGCAUUUGGAGACGGUUCUGUUGCUCAGUUUGUUCUAAGUAAAGGAGAAGUUGGAUCCGCCCAUUCUAUUCACUGGUCAUGGGGCGUGGCCGUCAUGAUGGGUGUCUAUGCAUCAGGGGGCGUGUCAGGGGGUCACAUUAAUCCAUCAGUAACAUUAGCAAUGGCAGUAAUAGGUCGCCUCCCUUGGCACAAAGUUCCUGUCUACAUGCUGGGGCAAUACUGUGGAGCAUUUAUAUAUAUAUAUAUAUAUAUAUAUAUAUAUAUAGAUGCCCUAGACCACUUUGACGGAGGCACAAGGAUGGUCGUCGGUGUAAAUGGUACAGCUGGAAUCUGGGCCACGUACCCCCAAGAUUUUGUGUCUAUCCCCACAGCACUGGGGGAUCAAAUUUUUGGUACAGCACUUCUUCUGAUUUGUGUUAUGGCUAUCACAGAUGAACGAAACAUGAACCCCAGUAAAGGCCUGGUACCGAUCUGUAUAGGGCUGGCCGUAUUCGUCAUUGGAAUGACCUACCACCUUAACUGUGGUUAUGCCAUCAACCCUGCUCGAGAUUUAGCGCCUAGAUUGUUCACAUUGGCAGCUGGAUGGGGUGACGGUACUUUUUCCCACCGAGAUUACGGGUACUUCUGGAUCCCAAUACUUGGUCCACACCUUGGUGCUAUCAUAGGAUGUGUUCUCUAUACAAUACUUGUUGGUCUCCAUUGGCCUCCAGAAUAUGAAAUUUCCAGCGGAGAUAUAGAAAUGUCCAAGAAGAAACAAGACGAAAACAAAGAAUUCACAGAUUUAAGAGAGGCGUAGAAAGUAUAGCUGUAACACGUGUUUGUAAGGAUGGCAGCAUAAGAUGAUACUUCAGUAACGGAGAGACAAUAUAUUACCACAGAACGACGAUAAUUUAUAUAAACCACCAAGCAUGAAAUGUACAGUACUGGAGAACGUGUAUACCCUAUACACACGGAUCAAAGACGACCUAAAAUUAUCUGAUCGAUGUUUCUGUUUAAAGAAAUCUUGCUCACUCCUCCUUACUGAAAGUACUCACAUAAAUUGAUUAUUUCAGCAAAGAGUUGUAAAAUAUGUUUUCAAAUAUUCAUUUUCAUUUGUUUUUCUUUAAUAUAUGCUGUGAUGACUAUUUAAUGAACAGAAAGAAAACAUAAUAUUUUUUUAUAUGUUAGUCCUUUUACAUUUACUCAUUAAA